CCUGCAUCUGGCGACUUGACUCUGGGCCGAUCGCCGCCUCGCCGUCCUUGAACCUUCCGUCGCGAUGUCAAAUACCUUGCGUCCCUAUCUCGCUGCCGUCCGAGCCACCCUCUCUGCGGCUCUCUGCUUGGAGAACUUUUCUUCCCAGGUCGUGGAGCGACACAACAAGCCCGAAGUGGAGGCCGGACUCUCGCCCGAGGUGCUGUUGACCCCAGUUGUGAUCAGCCGAAACGAGAACGAGAAGGUCCUGAUCGAGGGCUCGAUCAACUCGGUCCGAAUCUCCAUCAAAAUCAAGCAAGCUGAUGAAAUCGAGAGAAUUUUGUGCCACAAGUUCACCCGGUUCUUGAUGAUGCGUGCCGAGAGCUUUGUGAUCCUGCGCCGCAAGCCUGUCCAGGGCUACGAUAUCAGCUUCUUGAUCACCAACUUCCAUACCGAGCAAAUGUUCAAGCACAAGCUUGUGGACUUUAUUGUGGAGUUUAUGGAGGAGGUCGACAAGGAAAUCAGCUCCAUGAAGCUGAACUUGAACGGACGAGCUCGCGUCGUGGCCGAAUCAUACCUCCAACAAUUUGCCUAGUCCGACAAAGACCAAAUAAAUUGUCACUCUCCUCAUCUCGCCGCCCUGUCUCCAGCUGGUAUCGGGUGUAUCUGCGUUCGCCCGUGCUCUGCUCCACCUUUCCCUGAGCACAAGGUGUUGAAUAAACAAUGUGACCCAUCGUCUCGUUCGGACAAAACCACGGCGCAGUCGGAUCAUAUCACACACCACCCGGUCAAGCGGGUCAAUUCAGGGUCAAGUCAUUCCCCUGUGAUGGAGAUGCAUGGAGCGAGUGGGCACGACA